AUGCAGAUGGAGGAGAUGAAGAAAUUAGCCAAGGAAAUUCAACGUCUCAACGAGGAACUAGACACCGCGAAAAAGUUCAAUGACGUCGAGAAGAUGCAGCGCCAGAACGCGCUGACGCUCAUCGAUGCCGCUAAGCGGGAACUUGGUAUGCCUACCAGCAACUACGAUUCCAAGACCUCUUUCAUGAGGGUCUUGGCUAUGUUGGGAUUUUCUCGUCCGAUUGAGAUGACCUGGUGGUACCAAGGUCGCGACCCCUCCGUUGAUGCCAAGGCCACGCGAAAAGGCUUCGACUCUUACUUGGUCAGCGCGUACUUCUAG